CAUUUGCUGUAAACGGAGAAACACGAAUGACCGCCAUGUGUCGCUAUUUACACGUAUUGCUUAGACGAAUGGGUUUUUGAACUUGAAACUUAAAUAUGAGCGGAAGAUUUGUCGUACUUCAGCUUCGGGGGACGCGCGUGUUUUUUCUCUAACUGCUCAUCUCGGAUUUUCAGUUAUGGAUCCCAUGAAGGCGUAUCAGCUGGCGGGCGAGCUCGAGGUGGAAAUGAUGGCCGAUAUGUUUAACCGCAUGAUCAAUGCCUGCCAUAAGAAGUGUGUGCCGCCCCACUACAAGGAGGCUGACUUGUCCAAGGGUGAAGCCGUGUGUCUGGAUCGCUGCGUGGCCAAGUACAUGGAGCUGCACGAGCGGCUGGGCCGCAAGCUGACAGACAUGUCGGUGCAGGACGAUGAGCUGAUGAGGAAGAUGAGCUCCUGAGGAGGCGGACGGCCGUGGGCUGCGCCCGGGACCAAUGGAUUCCUCUCCGCGACUGAUUUCUCAAUUUUUUCUACGAAUUCCCACCCCGGUCUGCUGCUUGUACUAUACGGGAAAUAAAAAUACCAGGCAAGAGUGGGGUGCUUUUUGGAGAAUUGCUGUUAGACGGUAUAGCAGGGAGGUGUCUGUGAACGUGGCAUACUAAUUGGCAAUAAGGGACUGUCGCUCGCUGCGGUGUGUACAGUAUAUGUCUGUAUUUAUGGAGCACCCCACGAGUAAGCUGAGAUGCAUUUCUGUUAUGAUGUGUAACGUAGUAAUUGACCACCUUCUAUUUUGCACUUACUGAAUUUUCUACUGAAUAUAAAGUUCCUUGGGUUUCUGUACAAUUUUUUUAAGUUUGCAGUUAAUCUGUAAUAAAGUUAUGAUAACAGACCGAAUAAA